UCUCUGCGAGUUUCUGUGUCGAAAGGUCUACUUUUCAAAAGUAUUUGAUCAAAAUUCAUAUUGCUUAGUCAACCGGUUGAUAGAUUAAGGUUUAAUAUCAUGUGACAGCGAACCUUAAAGUUUAUUCUUAAAUCCGGAUGUUUUGACUUCAAUAAAAGUUCGACAUUCACCAACUUCAUGAUUUCUCUGUAAUGCCAUUUGUUGUUUGAUAGCUAUUACUGAUAAGUAUUAUUAUAUUGAACUAGUUAUGUCCUGAUGAUAUUACAGUGGAAGUUUACAGAUCCUAUUGGACAGCUUGCUUAUUGUGCUUCUUACACGUAUCUUCGUCGCACUAGCUAUCACAGCCAGGGUUCAACAUGACACAAGGAUAAGAGAUUCCAGGUGGAGUGUUGAGCUUUGGAAUACAAUAAAUACCUCUCGAUUCAGCUUCUUCAGCAUCAUUUUCUCUAUUUAUAUGGGCUAUCUUUUACGUCCUUUUUAGCUUUGAAUCCAUGCAGUUCGUAUACUACUAUGGGCCAAAUAUUGUCGAUUUAUAGCAGGCUAAGGAACAGGAAAUGGGACGCAUUGGAUGUCGCCAAAGAAAAUGAUCUCAUGUUCCAAGGAUUCGAAUGGCAUGUUCCUGCAGAUCAGCAACACUGGAACAGACUUCGUGAAAGCCUCCCACGGCUGAAGUCGAUGGGUGUGAACAAUAUCUGGAUUCCUCCCGGCUGCAAAGGCGCUACAGGCGGUAAUGGGUACGACAUCUAUGACCUAUAUGAUGUAGGCGAGUUCGAACAAAAAGGCCAAACUGCAACAAAAUGGGGAUCCAGAUCGGACCUUGAAGCAUUCAUUUCUUUAGCAAACGAGCUUGAUAUUGGAAUAUAUUGGGAUGCUGUCUUGAACCACAAAGCUGGAGCGGAUACUAAGGAGAAAUGCGUGGCUGUCGAAGUGGACCCAAAAGGUAGUGAUACUCCAGUUACUUGCUCAAGGCCUUACUCUAACAGUCAGAUAGAUAGAACUGUCAAUAUUUCUGAGCCAAGAGAGAUAGAAGGUUGGCUGGGCUAUGACUUUCCAGGUCGCGGAACCAAACACAGCGAGCUGAAGUACCAUUGGUACCAUUUCAGCGGAAUCAAUUAUGACGCCCUCCAACAAAAAUCUGGGAUUUACAAACUGGUUGGCUCGGGAAAUAAGGAUUGGGCCAAAGAUGUCAGCACCGAGAAUGGGAAUUAUGAUUAUCUUAUGUUUGCAGAUGUGGACUAUUCCAAUAUUGAGGUAACGAACGAUGUUAAGCGCUGGAUCGAAUGGCUAGGGACCGAAUUCAAGCUAAAAGGACUGAGACUUGACGCAGUCAAGCAUUAUUCCCGAGGGUUCUUGAAAGAUUUUAUUCAACAUAUCCGAACGACUGUAGGGAGAGACUGGUUUCUGGUUGCGGAAUACUGGACGGGGGAUAUUAGCGACUUGCUAAAUUACCAUGAUCAGAUGGAAGGUCUCGUGUCUUUGUUUGACGCUCCCUUAGCUGGGAGGUUCUCCCUUUUCGCCAAGGAGGGUCAGGACUUGCGAAAAAUAUUUGACAAGACCUUCGUGCAGGUUCACCCACAGAAAGCAGUGACUUUUGUCUCAAACCAUGAUACGCAACCAGGGCAAUCACUCGAAAUAUUGAUUGAUGCUUGGUUUAAACCUCUUGCAUAUGCGCUAAUUCUCCUCCGUCAGGAUGGUUACCCCUGUUUGUUUUACGGUGAUCUCUACGGCAUAACCAACACUGAACCCAAGUAUCGGCUUCCACCCGUUGAUAAGUUGGCAGCUUUAGCGACCCUUAGAACUAUGUAUGCUUACGGAAAACAGAGGGACUAUUUUGAUAACAAGAAAUGUGUCGGCUUCGUUCGUUACGGUGACACGGCACACCCAUCUGGGCUGGCGUGCGUAUUAAACGCCAGUACUAGCGCUGCGCCUAUGUCGAAGACAAUGUAUGUUGGCAUACGACAUGCCGGUGAGAAGUGGACGGAAGUAUUCACAUCUGGUGCGGUGACCACGGCACCCGUAGAGGUCGAUCCACGAGGUUAUGCCGAGUUCAAAAUUGGCCCAAAGAGUGUCAGUGUUUGGGUUGAUGAGGGGGCCGAGGGUCGAGGGCAGAUUGACGUGAUCGGUGAACAAUUUGUUGAUUGA